ACAUGAAUAAAGCCAGUGUUGUAGGCAUGUUCAAAAAUCUCCCUGUCCGAAUACAGCCACGGGUCCUGUCGUCAUGGCCCGCUUUAAUACAUCACAGAUUUAUAUUAUAAAUUCAAACUUCGGAGAAAUCUACGCGAGAAAUGUGCGAUCAAAUCCGCCACAGGCCGGGUCGCCGAGUGUAUUUUUAAAUUGCGUUACUUGUCUAAAGAUUAAAACCUGUUUGAUAUUGUAUUGUGAAAAUAUUGUUUUUAAAUAUCUCCUCGACUCCAUGAAGCUGAGUUUCCUCCUGAAGUCAACACAGUACAUUACAUUUCCUCUAUCGAAUUUGUUGCCUUUUUUGUCCUGAAGCCAAUCUUUCUGAAUCACUUGUUAGUACUAUGAUUUACUUGAGUAACUGUUUUGAUCGUCUGCUGUAGUUUAGGUGAACGACACAUAGCUUUGUUGACGUUUUUAGCACGCAAGCUAAUGAGAGAUAGCGCAACUUUUAUUUCCGGAACUACACGUUUGUCGUCACGUCUACAUGCGGAAGAUGUACGCAAUGAAGUCCAGGCGAAUGGAACUCAUGAUGAUUUUUAACGAAAUAAAGGCUUUUAAUUUGAAUAAUCACUCUGUAAACCGGUUGAACAAUUUUCAGAUUCACAUCAACGACACUGAAGGCACUGAAAUUCAGGAGUGGACAUCACAACACGGCAACAUGUCUGGAGCAUGUCAGGACAGGAGUCGUCGCUGGCAGGACAUUCAAAAUGGUCUCCAGUUUCUUCAAUCAACUCUUCCUUUUCCAGGAAGUCAAGAACAGUACGAGGUGUUCAUUAAGGAGCUUGUAUGGAAUCUAUUUGGUGAGGGAAACGAUGUUUUUAAAGAAGGGGAGUGGACGAAGUCCAUAGAGCUGUAUACAGAAUCCCUGAGCAUAGCAGACUACGCAGAUUCAGAAGACAUCGACGUAGACCGAAGUUUGCUGGAAAAGCUGUACGCCAAUCGAGCUGCCGCCUACCUUAACAUUGUUCCGGGACUCUAUGAUCAAGCACUAGAAGACAGCGAGAAGGCUCUCCAACUGAAUGAUGGGAACUACAAAGCGCUGUACCGAAAAGCUAAAUCGUUGAAGGAGCUGGGGAAACAUCAAGAGGCCUACGAGGCUGUUGCCAAAUGCUCUCUAGCGGUGCCUCAGGACCCAAGUGUUAUACAGCUCACUCAGGAUCUUGCCAAAACUUUAGGAUUAAAAAUUCGUAAAGCUUAUGUGAGGAGCAAGCCAGUCUUGAAUGUUUCAAGAGGACCUAGUUAUCAAGAUGCCUCCUGUGAUAAGUUUCCUUUUGGCUUGUCUUCAGUUGAAGAAAUAGAAACAGGUGUUGCAGAAGUGCCUCAGAUCCAGGAAAGCAGUGUUCCAGUGUCAGUCCCAGCUCCAAUCCAGCCUCCGCCAUUAGUGCACCCGCCAUUGAAUGACCUUGCGUUGGACGAGCUCCCUACAAAGAACAGUGUCCCCUCCGAGCCACCAGGGUUCGAGUCAGUUCCCACUUCAGUCCCUCUCCCAGUACCCACAUUUGUUAAUGGGUGCAGGACUGUUAAGCCUAGUUCUUUACUCGAAUCCAGUCCAAGUUUUGACGCGGACAUCAUUGGGGAUGACCUUGAUGACCUCCUGGACCAAACUGGGCCUGAUGCCUCCAUGGUCAUACCCACAGUCAAGGGACCUCUCCCUUUGCCAACCAGUAUUUCAUCUAACAGUUCCCUGUCAAGUCCAUUCCUCAUGCCGUCUCACAUCAGCCCCUUCCUCCACAACAGCUCCCCACAGUGCACUGUAAACCUGCCCCCUCUGUAUCACCAGUCAGGAUCCAGCCAGUAUUUUGGAUUGGACACUUUUGACACGUUACCAGCAAAUAUGGACUCACUGGAUAGUCUCUCCAUCACUGACUAUAGACCAGAUUAUUCUAGAACCUCCUUCAUUCCUCAGUUAAAUCACAAAGAAAGUCCGAUGGGCAUGGCAGUGGGUAUGCCCGAUCUGAAGUGCUUGCCUGUUGCUGUGGAUCUAUCCAAAAACCCUUUAGCCGAUACACAUGACUUCAAACAAGCAUGUAAUAUCUGCUACGUCAAAACCGGGCCUGGAGUGUUGGAUUACACGCUCCAUACUGAGGAGCAUAAAUGCAAAAAAGACAUUUUACUGGGCCGCCUCAAACAUUCGCCAGACAAAACUUGGAAAAUGAUUCGGCCAAGACCCACGAAAACCCAAUAUGUAGGACCAUAUUACAUUUGCAAAGAGGUGGCGGUGGGGAAAGAGUGCCUGUAUCCUGGCCACUGCACAUUUGCAUACUGUCAAGAAGAGAUUGACGUUUGGACUCUGGAGCGGAAAGGUUUUAUCUCUCGAGAGCUCCUCUUCGAUCCCUUCGGCGCACACUCCAACGUCAGGCUAACAGUUCCAAAGAUCCUAUUGGAGCAUAGAGGGAUGUUCAUGUUUCUUUGUGGGAUUUGUUUUGACCACAAACCACGAAUCAUCAGCAAAACCAACAACAACGACCCUUCGCUUUGCUCUCAUCCGGUCACCAAGCACGACUUUGAGGAGCACAAGUGCCUGGUCCACAUUUUGAAGGAGAAUGCAGUCCACUAUUCCAAAAUCCGACCCCUGACGCCGAUGUGCCAACUGGACAUUUGCCGCCAUGAAGUCCGAUAUGGCUGCGUGAGAGAAGAUGAGUGUUUUUAUGCCCACAGUCUCAUCGAGCUGAAGGUGUGGAUGCUGCAGCAUGAGCUGGGUAUCACUCAUGAAGGCAUAGUGCAGGAAGCCAAAAAGGUUUGGAAUGGAGCGUCCUCGUUGCCCGGAGCUCCGCUUGCCAACACGCAGAGAAGGUUCGGCCCUCCACACCUGAAGAUGAUGUUUGUUUGCGGUCAGUGCUGGAGAAACGGGCAACUGACAGAAGCUGACAAGAGUAAGAAGUUCUGUUCAGCGAAGGCCAGGCACACGUGGGCCAAGGACAGACGGGUGGUGCUUGUAAGUUCCCACGAGAGGAAAAAGUGGAUCGCCAUGAGACCGCUCCCCACAAAGAAGCCCAUCCCAUCUCAAUUUGAGAUCUGCAUGCACGUGACUGCCGGCAAGAAGUGCCAGUACAUUGGGAAUUGUACGUUCGCUCAUAGUGUGGAGGAGCGAGACCUUUGGACCUUCAUGAAGGAUAGCAACAUUCCAGAUAUGGAAGUGCUGUAUGAGCAGUGGCUGCUGUCCCAGAAGCCUGGCUGGAGCGACGAAACCUCCAAUAGCUCUGUCAGGGAGAACGGGAAGCAGAUCCACAUGCCCACCGAUUAUGCAGAGGAAGUGGCCGGUAAUCACUGCUGGCUGUGCGGUAAGAACUGCAACAGUGAGAAGCAGUGGCAGCAGCACAUCACUUCAGAGAAACACAAAGACCGUGUCUUCAACUCGGAGGACGACCAGAACUGCUGGCAGUAUCGCUUCCCCACCGGCACUUUCAAAGUUUGCGAGAGGUUCCUCAAAGGGACGUGCACCGAGGACGACUUGUGUAAGCUGGCUCACGGCGAGCAGGAGCUCAAGGAGUGGAUGGAGCGCCGGGAGUUCCUUUUGAUGAAACUUGCCAAAGCCAGAAAAGAUCACCUUAUAGCCCCCAAUGACAAUGAUUUUGGAAAAUACAGUUUUCUCCUUAGAGACAUUAAAUAAUUAAGCCACAAUGAUCCUGUAUUGAAGAUAAAAGAGAAGAAAGUUUGGUUCAAACACAAGUUGAUCCCAGAGGUUUUCGGGGAGAGGGAAGGCCUCCAGAUCUAAAGCAUGCUUGUAAAAGCAGGGGUCUGCGUGCGACUGGUGGCUGGCUUCCUCUCAUCUGAACGGCAGGAGUCCUUCCUAACAGUUCAAGUUCAUACUUAGACACUGGUACUCACCGCUCCGUAGGAACGGUGUACAAACUAGCAUGAGGCCGACAGAACCCGAUCGUCUCCAGAUGGACACUUCAUAUCUUAACAUUUUGUCCCUGUCACUAGGUUUUAUGUUUGAAAUGAGUUAUUCUUUGUUGUCCUCAUCCUCCAGGUAUCUGUAUAACCAAGUUAAUCGACACCACACCAAAUAAAAACGUUUUUGGAA